CAGUCUCUGGUUAUCCAUGGAUGUUGUAAAAGUGCUGUUUCAUCCCUGGAAGCUGACCUGGAAGCUCGGGACAAAGAAUGUCAGAGACCAUCUUCUUCAGCUUAACAGGAGAACCAAGACAAACUAAAGGCUUUGAAUUUUAAAGGAGAGAGACAGAAGAAGCAAAGUGGUCUGAGCUCUGAGUUGUCCCCUUCUUGUCACCAGGGCCAUCUGAGUCUCCAUGAGAGAGAUGGGUGGGAGCCAGUAGAGCCCAGCACUGUGACUGCAGGCAGAAGGAGGACCCUCCCAGAGGAGGAUGGCUGCAGAUAACACCUCCUCUGUGACAGAGUUUAUCCUCGCAGGCUUAACAAACCAGCCAGGACUCCAGCUCCCCCUCUUCUUCCUGUUUCUGGGCUUCUACAUGGUCACUGUGCUGGGGAACCUGGGCUUGAUAACACUGAUUGGGCUGAACUCUCACCUGCACACCCCCAUGUACUUUUUCCUCUUCAACUUGUCCUUCAUUGACUUCAGUUACUCCUCUACCAUCAUCCCCAAAAUGCUGAUGAGUUUUGUUUCAAGGAAGAACAUCAUCUCCUACACAGGGUGUAUAACUCAGCUCUUUUUCUUCUGUUUUUUUGUUGUUUGUGAAUGUUUCAUCCUGUUAGCAAUGGCAUAUGACCGCUAUGUGGCCAUCUGUAAACCACUGUUGUACACAGUCACCAUGUCUCCUCAGGUGUGUCUAUUUCUUUUGCUGGGUGUCUAUGGGAUGGGCGCUUUGUUGGGUAUAGCUCAUACAAGUAAUGUACUGUUUCUGACCUUUUGUGCAGACAACCUUGUCAAUCAUUAUAUGUGUGACAUCAUUCCCCUCCUUGAACUCUCCUGCAAUAGCUCUUAUCUGAAUAUUCAGGCACUCUUUAUUAAUGUGGCCUUUGGCAUUGGGGUGCCCAUUGUGACCAUUUCUCUCUCUUAUGGCUUCAUUCUUUCCAGCAUUUUCCACAUUAGUUCUACUGAGGGCAAGUCCAAAGCCUUUAGUACCUGCAGUUCUCACAUAAUUGCAGUUUGUCUUUUCUUUGGUUCAGGAGCUUUUAUGUAUCUCAAACCACCUUCUAUUGUACCCCUUGACCAGGGGAAAGUGUGUACUGUGUUCUAUACCAUUGUGGUGCCCAUGUUGAACCCACUAAUCUACAGCCUGAGGAACAAGGAUGUCAAAUUAGCCAUGAAGAAAACCUUGGGCAGAAAAAUCUUCUUUUGAAAAUGACUCCGAACAGAGAUCCAAAGCUUUGUUUAUUGGUGUGUUUUUCUUAGCUUUUCAAUGAGGAAAAUAAAUAUCUAAACUUGCUCUCUUGUAGGUAGAAGAAAUUUUUAGUUUGUUCUCAAGUAUACUAUUUCCAUCUAUUCCUUACUCCACCCUAACUAUUCCACUCAUUUUUUUAUGAAAACAGUUUCCACAGUCAUAUAGGGUUACUGUUGAAUUGGUAAGAAACCAUUUAGACCAGCCUCUCAUGUGACACGUUGCACACUGGAGACAAAUAUUUUGUAGGUUUCUCAUGAAGAUGCAUACAGCUGGUGCCAGAGCUGGGUCUGGAAUCUAGGUCCUGGGCUUGUAUCCCCUGAGUUUUACUUUCUUUCAGUCAUGUUUUCUUGAUCCAUCUUUUUUAUAGUAAGUUUCAUUUCAAGUGGUUUUUUUUUUUAGUUUAGUUUUGCAUUUAAAGAGGUCUAAUUCUAUUUACAGGGAUAUCAUGAAUCUCUUCAAGGGUUAAUUUUUGGAAGAUCAAUUUUGCAAGAAUGUUGAAGGUUAAAAGUGUAGUGAUUUGGUUUGGGCACAAUGAUUUUUUACAUGUUUUAUGGUUUUUCAGGGGGGAAAGUUUUAGAUAGAGUCAAGCAUGGUGCCUGUUAAGAUGGUGUACAGAGCUCUAAGAACAGAGGCUUACUUCUUAGACAUUUAACAGACAGAUGCACAGAUUUAAGAGUUAUUUCCUGAAUAAUAAAAUAGAAUUUGUAGCCUCAGUUCAAGGGUUUGAAUGCUGUAACUGAGUAAUAGUUUUGGGUGUAAGAGAGCCCUAAGAGCAGUACAAGCAAGAAUUUAUUAGGGAGGCAUUUGCUCUUGCAUUUUAAGGUGUUGCAUAGAGCUGCGAUCUUUUAGCAGUAACAACUAAGGAAAACAAUGGUGGUCUCAGGACAGGUUGCGUAUUCACAGUAUUGGGAAAAUGGAGGUACAGCUUUAUCCAAGGUCCUGCACAAAAAAAACUCCUUUUUUUAAUUACAAAAUCUUUCAUAAAGAAAUCAUAAGCAUGUAAUUCUAUAACAUAACAAUAUCACACUCAAGCACAUCAUAUGACAUUUUAGGUGAAAUGUUCAAAUGAAAACUAUAAAUUAUCACACCCAUAUUAUCACCCUACCAACCACACUGAUGCAGGUGUUACUUCUACCGGACCUGCAUAAAGUAAGAGAACAAUGUUUGGUCUGAACACAGCUCUUUUAUUAGUAGAAGCAAUGGCGUGGGAACAGUUUGCAAAACACUUUGACUUACAAACUUUUGCUAGGAAAGUUUUAUUCUAUUAGGAAAAAAGGAAAUGUUGGACAAAUGGGUAGUCUUGUCCUUGGGAAUCAUUCUGGCAAUGAGGACGUAACAAAAGGGAUGGAAAUGCAGGGGAUGGAUGUACUUUGGGUAGUGCAGGGAGGGGACAGCCACUGAAUCCAAGAUGCUGACGGGUUGUAAAUGCAGGGAGGAUGAUGGAGAAUCAGUAGAAGGUUAGUAGAUGGAAAAACAAUCUCACCCCCUUUUAAGUUGAAGUAUAAUUUAUAUACAGAAAAAUCUUGAGUGCUCAAUGAAUUUUUUCACAUCUGUAAGGCUGUGUAACCAGCACCUAUCCUAAGAUACAUAAGAUUUUCAUUUCAGAAAAUCCCUGUCUGCCUGUGCCCAGUCAAUAUUACUCUACAGUCUCUCCCUGGAAAUAGCUACUAUUCUCACUGUUAUUAUUACAGAUCUAAUUCACUCAUUCUCAAGGUUCAUAUAAAUGUUAAAUAUUGCAUUUACUUUUUCAUGUCUGGCUUCUUUCUCAUAAUAUAAUAUAGAGGUAUUGUGCAUCUCAUCCAUAAUGUGUGAAUAGGUACUUUGCUCUUUGUUGUUGCUGUGUAGUGUUCAAGUGUGUGAAUACAGAGCAAUUUAUUUAUCAACUAUCCUCUUUAUGGACAUUUGGCUUAUUUUGAGUUUCUUCAUAUUAAUAAUAAAGCUGCCAUGAGUAU